GUGUGCGCUGAUUGCGCCGCGAGGAUGAGAGGAGCCAAUCAGAAGUCGCGGCCCGCGGGGCUUGGCGCCUCCUAGGAUCUAGGCGCCCGCCCUUGACAUCACCUCCUUGCGCGGCUGCAGCCGGAGUGCUGGGCUGCGGGAUAGCGGGUUCGGGUCUGGACGUCGGACCGUGGCGGGUGAGCGGAGGAGGGGAAGGCAGGGGAGAGCCCCGGUUGCGAAUCUGGGGCGCGGGAGUCCUAAGCCUGGGACUGUCUGCAACACAGGAGCCCUAGAUUCCCUGGUCCCCUUGAGGGGGAACGACCCGUGCACCUGUGGAAUGAAGCGAUCAAUGUUAAUCAUUAUUUAUUACUGGGUAAGGCACCUGGUCAGGUGCUGGGUUUCCAACCUUGGAUGCACACAGCAGAAGAAAGGUAGGUUUGGAGGACGUGCCAAGUACAGUCCCCGGACUUUGUAACCCUCGGUGGGCGGGGAGGAGGGAGAGUAAAGCAUUCAGGCUGGCUCCUGGUUCUUGUGCAGUGCACCUUCAGGCAGGGCAGGGUUGAAGGUCCAGCCUCCCGGUGUGGGACAAAGAUUGUGAGUUCUGGCACUAACCUUGGGGUUGGCAACACUUGUUUCCUGAGGGGUUUUCAGGCAGGAAAUACAGACCAGCAACCUCCGCAGUUGGUUCAGACAGAUCUCUGAUCUUUUUUUCCUUUAUUCAUUUAUUCAUAUGUGCAUACAUUGUUUGCAGAUCUCUGAUUAACACACGUCUUCCUAUGUAUGUAUUUACUGUGAAGAGCAGACAUGAAAGCCGGGCGCCGGUGGCUCACUGUAAUCCCAGCUACUCAGGAAGCAGAGAUCAGGUUGGGGUUCCAAGCCAGCCGGGGGAGGAAAAUAGUUUGCAAGAUCGUAUCUCGGAAAAAGCCAUCAUAAAAAAGGUCUGGUGGAGUGGUUCAAGGUGUAGGCUCUGAGUUCAAGCCCCAGUACCGAAAAAAGAACGAACGAAAGAAAGAAGCCAGACUUGAUCUGUGCUAUUGCUUACAUGAUUUGGAGUCCAUCGUGUUCAGAGAAAAAGGCAAAACAUAAUGUCCAGUGGAGAUAAUCAACAGUCUCGGGCUUUGAACAAACCCACUUUCACGGAGCUGCAGGCCUCUGCCUUGGUAGAAUCGGUAUUCGGGUUCAAAGUCUCUCACAUCCAGCCGCUUCCUAGCUAUGAUGACCAAAACUUUCACGUUCACAUUUCAAGAACCAAAGACACUACUGAUGGCCCACUUGAAUAUGUCCUCAAAAUAAGCAGCUCGGAGAACAGCCAAAAUUCAGACCUGCUUGAAAUACAGAAUGACGUCAUCACGUUUCUUCAAGCGGCUGGCUUCCCAACGGCCUCCGUGUGCCACACAAAAGGGGACAACACGACUUCUCUGGUGUCCGUAGACAGUGGAUCUGAAAUCAGAAGCCACACGGUGAGGCUGCUCACUUACCUCCCAGGACGACCCAUAGCUGAGGUCCCUGUGAGCUCGCAGCUCUUAUAUGAAAUUGGAAGAUUAGCUGCCAAGCUGGAUAAAACGCUGGAGAAAUUCCAUCACCCAAAGCUAAGUGUUCUUCGUCGGGACAACUUCAUCUGGAAUCUGAAGAACAUUCCUCUCCUGGAGAGACACGUAGACGUCUUAGGCCAGACUCGAAAUCGGGAGAUUGUGGAGAAAGUCAUCCAGCUGUUCAAGGAACAGGUCAUGACCAAAUUUGGUCAUUUUCGAGAAUGCAUCAAUCAUGGUGAUCUGAACGACCAUAACAUUUUAGUUGAGCCCAGCAAGUCAGCCUUUGGAGAUGCCGGGUAUGAAGUGUCGGGGAUUUUAGACUUUGGUGACAUGAGCUAUGGCUACUACGUGUUUGAAGUGGCCAUCGUCAUCAUGUACAUGAUGAUCGAAAGCAAGGACCCUGUCCAAGUAGGAGGGCAUGUCCUGGCGGGGUUUGAGAGCAUCGUCCCGCUGACAGCCGAAGAGAGGGGGGCUUUGUUUCUGCUCGUAUGCAGUCGUUUCAGUCAGUCGCUUGUCAUGGCCAUAUACUCUUGCCAGCUCCAACCAGACAACAAGGAGUAUCUCAUGAUCACCGCAAAAACCGGGUGGAAGCACUUACAGCGAUUGUUCGACACGGGCCAGGACGCAGUAGAAGAAAUCUGGUUUGAAACAGCCAAGUCCUAUGGAUCUGGGCUCUCCAUGUGACUCGAUUGAAAGUUCACAUGAACUUGGGCGAUUAGAGACUCAAUAGGACCAAAUCACACAGGUCCAUAGUGAAUCUGGCCAGGGCACGAGACCUCUAAAGUCUUCGAGCGAUCUUGUGACCACUUUUUAAACUUAAGAAAGUACUACAUGAGCAAGCACCUCCUUUGGGUCUUGCCUUGUGCACAGAGCUCAUAAUGAUACUUGAUUCUGCUAUUCUGUUUUUGUGGUACCAAGAAUGGAAGCCAGGGCCUCACACCCCAGGAUAUCUGGUUUUGAAUCAGAUAACCCCUCCAGGUCUAUUCCAGACCUUAGAUCAAUGAAUUUUUAAAACUUUUGCUUUUUGAGAGAGGGUCUCACUAGAUAGUCCAGGCUGGCCUCAAACUUACUAUGCAGUUGAGGCUGGCCUCAAAUUCACAAUCCUCCUGCUUCCAUUUCUAGACUCUUGACAUUACAGAACUGCCAUGCCCGGCUUAAUCUUAAUUCCUUUCUUAGUUGAAAGGAAUGUGCGUGUGUAGAUACAUUCCCAUAUUUUAAAUAACUAGACGUGACAAACCUAGCUAAAUGUCUCCAAUUGUAGGAAACCUCUGCUCUCUCCUCUCUGGAGUCUCAGGGCACUCUGUCUUUUUCGGGCACACAUUUUGCAUACUGGAUUACGGUUAUGUGGUCAUCUAGCUUGAGAACUAUUUGACAUGGCACAGACCAUGAAAAACUUAGUUCAUCCCUUCUUCUCACACCUGCAAUAGUGCCUUUCCCACAGACAGGUCUUAAACAUAUUUGCAAAAUGAACGUAUAUAACAAGAAAGGCUGGACAAGACACACACCAUGGUGCCUUAUAAGGAAACACAGACGGUGUUAGUACGAGGAAAAUUGUGUUUGAUAGGGGAGUUGAAACUGGAACUCCAGAAACAGAUGCCGGAAGUCACCAACCCCUGAGCCACUUAAACAUAACAGUUUCAGACUGACGUCAGGAAGGUCACUAAGCAGAUUUUUUUUUUUUUCAAAGUCUUGCUACAUUGCCCAGACUAGUCUCAAAACUCCUGGACUCUAGCUAGGUACUGAUGGCUCACACCUGUAAUCCUGGCUACUCAGGAGGCAGAGAUCAGGACAGUCAGGGUUCAAAACCAGCCUGAAGCAAAUAGUUUGCA